AUGCGAUUCAGCUCCACCGCUCCUCUCGUUGUACCGAUUUUGACAAGAUUGGUACCGACGAAAUCAGAAGAAACACAAGCAUCCAAAACAACAGCAAUCAAGUUCUUGCAUUCAAGAUUGCGUUGUGGAUAUUCAGGAAAGCUCAAAUCUUUGGAAGGCACAACUUUUGAAUCCCCAGUUGUAACUAUUAUCUUUAUGUUUCUAAGGAGGUUAGGUAUAUGAUCACUAAUACACAAAUGUCUGAAGGGAUACAAAGAUUUAUAAGUUUUAGGCACGCUCAUGCAUCCAAUCACAAGGUGAAGGUGCCCUUUUAUUCUCUUCAACCGACAUAACACUCAAAAAUUAUUAUAGGAAU